AUGGAUGAUGGUUCUUGUGUUGUGGCAAGGCUGCCAACCAGUAUUGCUGGGGCACCAAAGUUAGCAACCAACUCGGAAGUCGCAACAAUGACAUAUUUAAAAGCCAAGUUGUCGCUUCCAAUCCCGAAAGUCCUGGACUGGAACGAUGAUCCCUCUAAUCCAAUCGGGGCAGAGUAUAUCAUCCAGGAGCAUGUAACAGGUGUCCAUUUGCACCAGGUGUGGCCUAAAAUGAAUUCCGAACAACAUAUGCUCUGCACAAAGACGCUUUCUUUGGCAUUAAAGCAGAUGGCAUCCCUGGACUUUCCGGCCUAUGGCAGUCUAUACUUCUCAGAUGCGCCAAUCGACUCGACCCUGAAGAUUCCAUUCGAACAGGGCUUCUGUAUUGGGCCAAAUUGCACUCCGGUUUUCUGGAAUCGGAAUCCGGGGGAGCUGGAACUCUACGGUGGUCCAAGUCCCAACUGCGGUCCCUGGAAAGAUCUUACAAGCUAUUGUCGAGGCUUGAUAGAGACCGGCUUCUCGCGUUUACCGAAGGAACCCGUCACCGACGAGCUUCUCCCUCAUCAAGGGUCUGUUCAAGAUCACAUGCGCCUAUUGAAAAUCAGCCAGGAAGUGCUGCAGAGGCUGAUCGAGGAUAAACGCAUUCAGGACGCUGCUACCCCAACUCUGCUUCACCCCGAUUUCCACAUGAGGAAUAUCUUUGUGUCAGCCGAGGAACCAACUCGCAUCACUGGCCUAAUUGACUGGCAAUCAACCAGCAUUGAGCCUGCAUUUAUAUAUGCUAACGAGACGCCUGAUUUCGCUGCACUUCCCGAGGAACUGGGGGAAGACAUAUUGGAUAGCGGACACAUCGAAUCAAAGUCCCCCGGCAGCAAGGAACGGGAGCGGAAAGAUGCAUCGAUCUGUUAUCAGACAUACGAUGUGUGCAUGAAGGGACUUGCACCCAAGCUACGCCCUGCAAGGCUACUUGACCCGUCUUUGUUUCGGGUCUUCCAAUAUUGUCACACAACAUGGAGGGAUAGUGCCUCCGCACUGCACCAAGAGUUAAUUGAGCUUUCAGCUCGCUGGACAGAACUAGGGCUACAGGGAGCUUGCCCGUUUUCUCCAACUGAAAAGGAGUUGAAAGAGCACGCUCGCGUGUAUGAAGAUUUCGAGACGAAUCAAAGACUUAAAUUAUGGCUCAAACAUUCCCUCCAUACGAACUCCGACGGGUGGGUUCCGAAUGAUAAAUGGGACGCUGCGAGAGAUGCUCAUCGUGCAGCGUAUGAGCAAUGGAUUCAGACGGCCAGAGAAUCCGAGUCUCGUGGCGAGAGUCUGACAGUAGCGAAAGCGGACAAACUGUGGCCAUUUGAUGCUAGAUGA